UUAUAGUGGAAUAAUUCCAGACCACCUGAACCGUUUCAACCGGGCUACAUAUGUACGUUAACACGCGACUUCGAAUGCAGCCGUAGUUUCGGACAGGUUCAGCUGGAUCCCCUCAAUAUGCACGUGUAAGAUAUUCCGUAGUCCAUCCUCGGUACCAAUCUUUACCAUGCGUUUUUCCGGCAAUUUCAACUGGUCAUGCCAUUUUAACCGCCUACGCGAAAACGACCUUAAAGUUCGAAUCGAUAGACCGCUUGAGGACUGUUCAGUAUUCACUGCGUAACUGACACGUACUUCCGGUGUCACAAUCGUCUGAAAGAAGACCACCAGGAUGCCGAAAGAAAACAGCUUGCGUGAUAAGUUAGAGGGAAAUGAACUGGACCUCAGCUUAAACAACUUAAGCGUUGUUCCUGUUAAGGAACUGGCAGCCUUACCAAAAGCCACACGACUGGACCUCUCUUGUAAUGCUAUACCAAGCCUUCCUGAUGCCUUCUGUAGCCUCAUUCACUUGGUGAAGAUAGACCUGAGUAAGAACCAGCUGCAAGAACUGCCACAUCAGUUCGGUCAGCUUCAAAAUCUUCAGCAUCUAGAUCUUCUAGGAAACCAGCUCUCCGUCCUCCCAAUCAGCUUUUUCCAGUUGCGUAAACUCAAAUGGCUUGAUCUCAAAGACAAUCCCAUGAAAGAGGAUCUAAAGAAGGUCGCAGGUGACUGUCUGGAUGAAGCUCAGUGUAAAAAGUGUGCCCAGAGGGUUUUAGACUACAUGAGAGGAAUCAAUUCUGCUGUGGAAAGGGAAAAACAGAGAAAACUUACCAUUCAACGAGAGAAAGAGGCAGCAAUAAAGGCUUUGGAGGAAGAAGAAAUGCAACUCAAACGUGAAAGGCGUAAACAAGCUAAGGCAGAACGUCAGCGGCAGUUACAGGAGGAACGACAGAUGAUAAACAACAGACACCAGGAGAACAACUAUGAGGAGGAAGAGGAAGAAGUCGAUGAGGUUGAAAUUGAUGGGAAUCAACAGACACCGUCUCAUCAAAAAGGCAGUGGGUGCUGUUCCUGGAUAUUGUGGAUGGCAAUGUUCACGAUGGUCAUUGCUUUAUUGGUUGGAACUUUUAGUAUUUACCAGAAGGAUAUUGAAGCUAAUCCAGUCUACAGUCAGCAUGUGAAACCUGUCUGGGACAAGUAUGGAAGUCCGUAUUGGAACACUUAUAUCAUACCACCUUGGAAUAUGUAUGGUGAUCCAACAUGGCAAAAAAUGAAAUCAUUUUGUCUGGAAAAAACCAAAAAGCUGCAGGAUUUCAUCAAUACGAAAUUAUCAUCAAAAGAUCAAAAGAAUAAAAAAUUAAAAACAAAGAAAUCUAAGGGGAAUAAUGGUAGCUGAUAACAGGCAAUGUAUUUGAAAUGUCUGUGUUGUGGAGUACUGAAGAAUACUUCGCAAGUCCUACUUAAAGGUACUGGGUUCAUGCUUAAGACUGAAAUUUCUUUUGUAAAAUUUGCAUACUGGUUGUUUAACGACCUGUUAAAGAUUUUGUUAAGCUAUUGGUUAGAUGACAGUUUCAUUCCAUUGGCUGAAAAAUAAUGAAUAUAACAGGAUUACUGGACACUUGAUUUUAGUGAAUAAAAUAAGUGUUUUUUAUUUGUAAGAUCCUUUGUUUAUAAUAUUAGAUUAUAUUGCAUGAUGCCAAUAAAUUAUAAUGGUAUUAUUAAUUCAUUUAGACAGAGUAACAAAUUUAGAUUAUUGUCUAGUUUACAAUUUGGCCACACAUAUAUGUGAUAUACAGCAAAAUAUAUUUAGAUUUACAUGGAAAAUAAUGUUUUCACUAGGACAAAGUACAAAGGAUGCAAUUUAACUAAAACACAUCGAUCGACCAAAAAUGAUAUAGAUAAAUUAUGCUGUGAGAUUGCAUCUAGAAUUGCAUAUUGUAAUCUUUUGAAAAUGAUUAUGAAAUUCAUAUUUUCAUACUGCUGUUUUUCUACAAGCAUCAUGUGUUUAGUUAAAAAUUGUCUUAUAUAUUUUGAUGAAAAUUUGUGGAGUACGAUUUUGUGCAAUUUAAUGUAGUUAGUUAAUAACUGUCAGAUAAAAGAAUUAAUCUUGAACUGAAUUAAUUUUAAAGUGACAUAUUGGUAUUAUUUUUGAGUAAUUAUGACAAGAAAAUGAUCCAUUGAUAAAAAUAUCAGAAUAGGUUUUGUUUGAUGUAGGACUCAAACAAGUAAACAUGGUCUUAAAAUAAUGGAUAAAAUAAGAUAGAAUUGUUGACAUUGCUCUGAAAGUACUGACAAAUGAUUUGAUUCAGAAGUGUUAAAAUUUAACCAAUUUCCCUAGAAGAGUGCUGGCAUGCAUACAAUUAUACUGGGGACUGCUACAUACAUCAUAUGCUUGUUUCUAUUCGUAAAAAACUGUUCAAAAGACUUAUUAAUGACAGUCUGCCUCAAUAAAAGUCUUUGAAUGUGAUAUAUAUAUGUUUUGUUUUAAAUUGAGCUUGAUGAUAGUAUCAGUACGCUAAAUCUUUUAUUUUUUCAAACUAUUAAUUCUUACAAAAGUAGAGGAUAGUGUUGAAAAAGAAAUUGAAUAUUGUCCUGAAAAGUCUGUUUGAGCUAUGUUAAAGAUCAUCCUCAAAAGUCUAGGUGUUACAAUCCCUAAAAGAACAUCUUGGGCCAUUGAAAGUUUCUUUGAAAAUUUCAUGCUCAAAUUUUCUUAACAAAACCCUAAUUGUUGACAAAUACAAUUUAAAUAUUCAUAAUUUCUGCAAUGGUUUCAUUGCUGUAUUUUGAAUACAAUAAUUUCAUACUUGCUUUACCGUACCAAGAUUGCACAACACAUGCCAUUCAGUUGUGUUGCCCUUUUGUUUGAUUAUUGAAUGUCAAUCUGUUGCUAAUUAAUUGAAAUCCGUAAAUUAUCAAAUUUUACCAGUUCAAAGUUUUCAUUUUUCUUUCUGUGUCAAUAACAUUUUGUUUAAUAAUCAACUUAUUAAAUUACAAGUUUUCUUUGGCAAUCAUUUUGAGACCGAUAUUUAAUGAAUUUCUUGUAACAAAGUCUAAAAAUGAAAAUAUUUUGAAUAAUUCAAGAGGACAUACAAAGAUUUGAAUUGUAAAUUUACAUUCCAAAAGUAAACAUUGCUCACUUUAAAUUAUUCACAAGGGUCAUACUGUGGGACGAAACCAGAGUAACUGUUAAUACCACAUGUUUUCACUUCUAUUCAAGAAUUCAACCAUGUGACGCUGGAAAAGACAACUUGUUGCCAAGUACCAGAUAAGAGAUUCAAGGUUCAAUUUACAUUCAUGAAUAUGAUUGAGAUUUCUUACUCCUUUACCCUUUCAUGUAGAAUCCUAAACCUCAUUUAGUGUUGCGUCUUGGGAAGCUGAUUUGUAUCAAACAACUUCUAGAUCUGCAGAAAUCUUAAAACAAAAAAAAAUAUAUAUAUAUGUGUAGAAUUUCUUCAGUUCAGUGUCAUGCAAGAUUCUUGAACUUUUAAAUAAAGAAAUAAAGAGCUUUGAUAUUGUGUCAAAAGGAAAUGGAUGGUCCCCCUAAACCAUCAUUUUAAACUGAUUUUAAAUAGUAAGUUUUUUUAUUCUUAACAAGUCACUAUUUUUGAAAUACAUACAUAGAUCUAUCAAAAAGCAGUCAGUAGCUGGACUCAAUAUUAAAACAUUUUUACACUGUUCAUUUAGUCAUAUCACAAGACAUGAUCUGCCACAUCCUUGAGACUUUGUAAUGAAUGUUUAGCCUGAGAAAGGUUUGUGUGUACAUUGUUAUUGGGUAUCAAAUGCCAAGUAUGUGUGUUUGUUAUUUCAUAUGUAUCUAAAGCAUGAAUGCUGAUUAUGUCAUAUAUAAUAUGAACAUUGUCAAAUCCUGAAUUUAAAAACAUUUGAAAGAUGCUUUUUGCUUGAAGAACAAGUCUUAAUAUUUUUGUAGCAUACUGGGUGUUUGAGGAGAAGUUAUAAAGAUAUAACGCAAAGGUUACAAGAUAGCGUAUACAGCUUCAUCUCAACCAUUUGAUCAUUGUAUGGUACAUCUUUUGAUGACGAAAGAUGCUAAAAGUAUUGACAAAUUUUGCUUGCUGUAUGAGUGGUCAAUCUUAUUAUCAGAAUAAUAAAAUAUUUCUUAUUCAUAAAUUGAAUCUGUAAAUAUCACCAUAUAAUUCUCGGCUUCAGAAAGUCUAGCUUUGAUUGCUUUAAUCAGAAAUUGAUAACUUAUUAUUAAUCAUAUCACAAUAUGGAAUUGAGAACUACUAUCAUGACAAUAGCGUCUAAUGGGUUGAUUUCAUCACACACACAGUGUUCCUCAUUACCCCUGAAUGGGUAAUCAUGAAUUGGUGAAAUUCAAUACAUGUACCCUUGGUUUUGAAGGACACUUUUAUAUCAUGUAUUGUUAACACAAUUUUGGUGUAUUAUAAUAAGGUUUAACGUUUACCUAUAGAAUCGCAUAUCAUAUUCUGUAAUUGUAUUCAAUACUUCAAAAUACAAGAGAGGAAACUCUCAUGGAAAUAUUGCCAUUAGAUAGCAUAAACAGAAUAUCUUACUUUAGCCUUGUAACAGAAAUAUUUCUCAAUCAAAAUUCACCAGUUAAGUGUUGACAGUGCAAUCUUAAUGGUGAAAAUAUAUAAAAGAGAGACGACACUGGUUAUUUAAAACUGAAAACUGUUUUCAUUAUUGAAAAACCCACGCAGUGACAUUAAAGUGGUAUUGUUUGUUAUAAUAUUUAUUAGGGAAAUGUGGGUAAUUAUGCUUCAAAUUGUGUUUAUAACCUGCAUAGUGUUUGCUAGCUUUAUCAUUGCCAUCAUAGUUAAAAUGCUUAAAACAGAUAAGAAAGUGCCUGUUUUAUGCUUAUCCUUUUUGAAUUUAUUUUCACUUUUGUUUUAUGAUCAUACACUUCAGAUAUCAUGUUGACUAUAUCUGAGAAUGAUUGAAUUGUAUUUUGAAAUUUGAAAUAAAACAUUUGAAAUUUUA